AUGAGAGCCAGAGCGGGGCGACUGAGGGGGUGCCGGGGGGGCUCCUCCGCGCUCCUCGCUCAGCGGCACCUGCCUCUCCAGCUCAAGGUGUUUCCAGGCCGCUCGCUCCCCAGGGGCGCGGCCCACGCCGGGCUGGGGAAUGGGCGGCUGGGCCCGGGCCCCACACACGCGUCCUUGGCGUCUCUGGAGGGGCAGCCCCCACGCCCCGGGGCCUCACCGCGCAUCGUCCUGCCUCCCGCCCAGGUCUGCCGCUUCCACUGGCUCCUGCUGCAGCGCCGGAAGCCGCCCUGGCCCCCCCUGGCCCCGCUCUGCAGGCCGCACUCCGCCGCACCGGCCCCCAGUGUGCGAGGACGGCGGGGGCUGCUGCAGAAGGUGCUCCUGGGCACGGCACUGGGGCUCCCGCUGGCCGCCGGCGCCUGCUAUGGCCUGGCCGGGAAGCAGGAGCGGCGCAGGAUGAAGCUGAUGGCCGCCGGCACCCAGCGCUUCCUCAGGUCGCUGCAGCUGGGCUGCCGGAUCUCCGCGGAUUACUGGUGGACGUACCAUGUCACGCUGCGGGGCCUGGAUGAGAGCAGCCCGGAGUACCUGGCGGUCGUGUCCAGCUGUCACCAGCGGGCGGCAGACCGCAUCGUCUUGGGGGCCAUCGAGAACGGGGGCCUCUACGUCAAGCUGGGCCAGGGGCUCUGCGCCCUCAACCACCUCCUGCCCCCCGAGUACGUCAGCACCCUGCGCGUGCUGGAGGACAAGGCCCUGAAGCGCGGCUACGCGGAGGUGGACGACCUCUUCCUGGAAGACUUCAAUGCCCGGGCGGACCAGCUCUUCCGCGAGUUCAACUACCAGCCCAUCGCCGCGGCCAGUCUGGCUCAGGUGCACCGUGCCCGGCUGCAGGACGGCACUGCCGUGGCGGUGAAGGUGCAGUACAUUGACCUGCGGGACCGCUUUGACGGGGACAUCCGCACUCUGGAGCUGCUGCUGCGCAUCAUCGAAAUCAUGCACCCCAGCUUUGGGUUCAGCUGGGUCUUGAAGGACCUGAAGGGGACCUUGGCUCAGGAGCUCGACUUCGAGAACGAAGGCCGCAACUCGGAGCGCUGCGCCCAGGAGCUGGAGCACCUCGGCUUCCUGGUGGUUCCCCGUGUGCACUGGGCCAUGAGCAGCAAGCGGGUCCUGACAGCCGAUUUCUACGAAGGCUGCAAAGUCAAUGACUUGGAAGGCAUCCGGAGGCAAGGCCUGCAGCCCACGGAUGCUGCCGAGAAGCUGAUCCGGACCUUCGCCGAGCAGCUCUUCCUCACAGGCUUCAUCCAUGCUGACCCACACCCUGGGAAUGUGCUGGUGCGGAAGGGCCCCGGCGGGAAAGCUCAGCUCGUCCUCCUGGACCACGGGCUGUACGAGUCCCUGCAGGACGCGGAGCGGGAGGCGCUGUGCAAGCUGUGGCGGGCCAUGGUCCUGCGCGACGAUGCGGCCAUGCAGCUGUGCUCCCGGCAGCUCGGCGUGAAGGCCCAGGACUACUUCCUGUUCUGCGAGCUGCUGCUGCAGCGGCCCAUCAACAUGGCCGAGCUGGCGCUGUCCAACAUCCUGACACAGGAGGAGGCCGCGUACAUGCAGGACAUGGCCAAGCACCACUUUGACCGCAUCAUGCGGGUGCUCAAGGACCUGCCCCGUUCCAUGCUGCUCGUCUUCCGCAACGUCAACACCGUCCGGGGCAUCAACGUGGCCCUGGGAGCCCCCGUGGACCGCUACUACAUCAUGGCCAAGAGCGCAGUGAGAGGCUGGAGCCAUGCCGUGAGCCAGAAGUCGGGAGGCCUCGGCAACCUCGUUCUUUUCCGCUGGAUCCGUGCUGCCUGGAACAGCAUCAUGUUUGAGCUGGCACUCAGGGUACAGGUAACCUCGAUGAAGCUCACUACCUCUCUUCUGCGCUUCCUGGUCUAUGCCGGUUUCCUGCGUGCCAGUGAAGAGCAGAAGCAGAUCUAUGAAUUCCUGCAGGCGUGAGCCCCGGGCCCGGUGACACUCGCGCGCUCGUGGGAUCAAAGUCUUGCGGGAGCGACCGGGCCGUGCCAGCCGGACCGGGCUGCGGGGCUGCUUCAUCCCCUGCUGGGGCGAGGCGCCUCCUCUCGUGGAUGACUGACAUCGGAGCAGUUGUGGCACCGAGGGCGCAGUCCGCUCGGAGCAGGGCCGCCAGCCCUGCGUGCCCGACAGGCGCCUCGGAAGCUGAGGUGGCCUCCACAGACCUUGCGUUUGCCGAAAAGCGUUUACACAGAGCCUCUUGUGUAUAAUUUGAAAUGCAAUAAAGAAAAAAGGAGCCGUUGCA